AUGACCAGAUUGGUUGGCUGUAGCAGCAACAACAGUAAUCUGGGUAGGAACGCUUUUGGACUCCUCACGUCGAAGAAAAAGUUCAUGGUCUUAAAGCUUUUCGGGGAGGCAGCCUCCGAGGUCAGAGUUGAGGCCCUAGCUAGGGGUAGAGGUCGGGCUAGAGGCCGAGGACGUGGUCGAGGCCGUGCCAGAGGAGCGGCACCUGCCCGAGGCCGAGGUAGAGAGCCUUCACCUGAGCCACAGAUUGGAGUAGCUGCAGAGCAGGCUCCUGUGGGCCAUGCACCCCCAGUUCAUGAUGACAGACUCAAUAGGAUAUUUGGGUUAUUAGAGCGUCUUGCUCUGGGUGCAACAGGUAUACCAGCGGGGUUACAGGCUGGGGUAGGGGCACAGGCCCCUGGUUAUCACCAUCAGAUUCCAGUGGUUCUAGAGCCGGUGGUUCAGCCACCACAGGUUCCAGCACCAGUUGUAGGUAUACCGGCGGCCCUUGAGGUGGCCUUGGCAGAUAAUGACCAGGUCUGCUAUGAGCAGUUUCAGAAAAUGAAACCACCUCAGUUUCAUGGUGCUAAGACUGAUGAUGCUCACGAGUUUUUGACCUUGAGUCGAGAGAUGUUGGCGGCGGUACGCAUGUUAGAUGAGAGGGGCGUCCGAUUUGUGUCCCUUCAGUUACGCGUUGUCACUAAGGAGUGGCUGAGGACCUUCAUGAGUUCGAGACCAGCGGGAUCUCCUCCCAUGGAGUGGAGUGAGUUUGCUAGUGCCUUUGAGGGUAGUUUCAUCCCUUGGAGUGUACAGGAGGAGAGCCGUAUGAGGUUUGAGAGUUUGGUGCAGGGUAGCAUGUCAGUCGCAGAUUACGAGGCUCGAUUCUGUCAGUUGUCGAGACAUGCCUCUGCUUUGAUUUCAGGUGAGCCUGAGCGGAUUCGCAGAUUUGUCAGGGGUUUGACUCCCAAUAUCCGUAGUUAUAUGUUUAAAUCAUCUCGAGAGGGUGCUUCCUUCCAAACUAUAGUGAGUGCAGCCAGAGAGGCUGAGUUGCUUGAGCGGGAUGACUUUGGUGGGCCCAAGAGGGUCCGUACAUGUGGUCAGUAUUCGGGUACCUCGGCAGGAGGUAGGGGCCCACACAGGGGAGGCGGGUCCUUCCUGCGUCAGAGGCCAGUACAUGCUUCAUUACUAGCUAUCGAGGGUGUGCCAGCAGCUCGGGGUCCUCCAGGCCACUUGAUUCGUCAGUGUCCACAUCAGACUCAGUCUGGACCACACCGUACUGUCUCCGUGGUCCCAGAGAGAGAUUCAGCACCUCCGGCUAGAGGUCGGGGUCGGGGAUCGGCAUCUGGUAGAGGCGGACGAGCUUCGGGUAGAGGUGCUAGUGGCGCCCCAGGUUCACAGAGUGAGGGCAGAGGUGCCCAGUGUUAUGCUUUUCCUGGGAGGCCCGAGGCUGAGGCUUCUGAUGCAGUUAUCAUAGGUAUCGUCUCAGUUUGUCAUCGGCCUGCUUUCGUGUUAUUUGAUCCUGGUUCUACAUUCUCAUAUGUGUCUACAUAUUUUGCUUCCAACCUUGAGUUGACUUGCGAUCGUAUGUCUGUGCCUAUUAAAGUCUCUACACCCGUAGGUGAACCCUUAGUGGUGAAUCGAGUAUAUCGAUCUUGUCUUGUUGUCUUAUCGGGGUAUGAGACUUGGGUGGAUAUGAUUCUUCUUGAUAUGUUAGACUUUGAUGUCAUAUUGGGUAUGGACUGGCUUUCCCCCUAUCAUGCGCUUCUUGAUUGUUAUACUAAGACUGUCACCUUAGCUAUUUCGGGUAUUCCUAGAGUGGAGUGGAGAGGGACUAGUGGUUCGUAUCCCAAUAAGGUCAUAUCUCAUAUUCGGGCUCAGAGGAUGAUUGACUGGGGUUGUUUAUUUUAUUUGGCCUUUAUUCGGGAUGUUGGAGCUGAGUCACCGGCCAUGGAGUCUAUUCCGGUGGUUCAGGAGUUCCCUGAUGUGUUUCCCGAGGAUCUACCUGGUGUUCCUCCUGUUCGUGAUAUUGACUUCUCUAUUGACUUGGAGUUGGGCACCAAGCCCAUAUCUAUUCCACCUUAUCAUAUGGCUCCAGCAGAGUUGAAGAAGUUGAAGGAUCAGAUUCAGGACUUAUUGAGUAAAGGAUUCAUACGCCCUAGUGUGUCGCCUUGGGGUGCACCAGUUUUAUUUCUUCAGGGGGCAGCCUUGUUCUCUAAGAUCGACUUAAGAUCUGGGUAUCAUCAGUUGAGGAUUAAGCCUUCAGAUGUGGUGAAGACAGCUUUUCGCACACGAUAUGGUCAUUAUGAGUUUUUGGUGAUGUCAUUUGGGCUCACCAAUGCCCCUGCGACGUUCAUGGAGUUGAUGAAUGGAGUGUUUCGCCCAUACUUGGAUUCCUUCGUGAUUGUGUUUAUUGAUGACGUCUUGUGUGAGUUUUGGCUUGAGUCAGUGGCUUUCCUAGGGCACGUGGUGUCUAAGGAUGGAGUUAGGGUUGAUCCGGCCAAGAUUGAGGCGGUUCAGGGUUGGACUAGACCUACAUCACCUGCCGAGAUUUGGAGUUUUGUUGGCUUGGCGGGUUACUAUCGGCGUUUUGUUCAGGGAUUCUCUACUAUAGCUGCGCCGUUGACUAGAUUGACUCAGCAAACGGUUCCUUUUCAUUGGUCACCCGAGUGUGAGGCGAGCUUCCAAAGGCUCAAAUCCCUAUUGACUUCAGCACCUGUCUUGACUUUGCCAGAGGAGGGUGUUGGAUUUACUGUUUAUUGUGACGCUUCGGGUGUUGGACUUGGAGGUGUUUUGAUGCAGAAGGGUAAGGUUGUAGCCUAUGCCUCUAGACAGCUGAAGGCACACGAGAGGAAUUACCCAACUCAUGAUUUGGAGUUGGCGGUUGUGGUAUUUGUGCUUAAGUUGUGGAGACAUUACCUAUAUGGUGUUCAUUGCGAGGUAUUUACUGAUCAUAGGAGCCUACAGUGGCUUGAGUUGCUCAAGGACUACUACAUGACCAUUUUAUAUCACCCCGAGAAGGCCAAUGUGGUGGCCGAUGCCUUGAGUAGGAAGACUCCUAGUAUGGGGAGUCUUGCCGCGAUCAUUGUUGAGAGACGACCUUUGGUUCGGGAUGUUCAGAGGUUAUUUGACAGCAUGGUGAGAUUUCAAGUUUCUGAGGAGAGUGGAGGUGUGUUUGCCUUCAUUGAGGCCCGUUCAUCUUUGAUGGAGCAGAUUAGAGAGCAUCAGUAUGAGGAUGGGAAGUUAUGUCUCAUCCGGGACAAGGUGAUGAGUGGUGAAGCCAAGAAGGCUAAGAUUGACUCCGAUGGUGUAUUGAGGAUUUAG